UCUUCUUCUUCUUCAGCUAUUGUUUCUUUCUGUUAUGUAUUUGGAGUUUUUCAAUCUGGCAUCGAGAACGUUCCUAUCAUAGUUCUUGUGGUUUUUCCUCUGUUUUUGCUUUUGUAUCAAUCUCUAUAAGAUGUGUAAUCAGCUGUUCUUUUGAGACCAGAAACAGCUGAAAGCUUUUGCAUUACAUUUCUUCUGGGGAUAAAUUGCAGAGGCUCAAAACAACGUGGGAAUUGCUAAAUUUCCAGAUCUAAUAGAAAAUGAAGUGCUUUUUCUACUUCAGAAACAAGUCCAGGAGUAGGAGGCAUCAAAGAUCCGCACCUGAAUUGAAAGGGGAGCUAGAAUCUGACUUUUCGGGAUGCAGUCGGACGGCUGCUUCUUCGUGCUCUCUAACGUCAACUCGGAGUGUACCUGAAUUGUAUGAAGAGAAAGCACAUAAUUUGAGAGUUUUCUCAUUUGCAGAGAUGAGAGAGGCAACACAUGACUUCAACAGGCUUCUUAAGAUCGGACAAGGAGGAUUUGGGAGUGUCUUUAAAGGCUCAAUUAAGCCCAUUGAUGGGAAGGGAGAUCCCCUUGUUGUUGCUAUCAAGCAACUGAGUAAGGAUGGCUUACAGGGCCACAAGCAGUGGCUGGCAGAAGUUCAAUUUCUUGGUAUAGUGGAGCAUCCAAAUCUUGUCCAACUCGUAGGAUACUGUGCUGUGGAUGGAACAAGAGGAAUCCAAAGACUGCUCAUAUACGAGUACGUGACGAACAGAAGCUUGGAAGAUCAUCUCUUCAACAAGGCGCUACCGACACUCGCUUGGAAAACAAGAUUGCAGAUAGUACUUGGAGCAGCUCAGGGGUUGGCUUAUCUGCAUGAAGGAUUAGAAGUUCAGAUAAUAUACAGAGAUUUCAAGAGUUCAAAUGUGCUACUUGAUGAAAAUUUUCAUCCAAAACUUUCAGAUUUUGGGCUUGCCAGGGAAGGGCCAGAAUUUGGGCGCACUCAUGUUUCAACAGCAGUAAGUGUUUGUUUGUUUUUUUAUUCUUCUCCCUUUAAUCAAUUACAGAUGCUCACAGUGAACUACAUCAUGUACACUCAGGUGAUGGGGACUAAUGGAUAUGCAGCUCCGGACUACAUCAAGACAGGCCAUCUUACAGCGAAAAGUGAUGUAUGGAGCUAUGGUGUUGUGCUUUAUGAGAUUUUAACUGGGAGACGAUCAUUGGAGAGACAUCAUCCAAGACCAGAACAGAAUCUUGUGGAAUGGGUUAAAUAUAUCAAUCCAGACAGCAAAAAGUUUAGUUCGAUAAUAGAUCCUCGGCUUGAAAACGAGUACCCCAUCAAUACAGCUAGAAAAGUAGCAAAGUUAGCAAACACUUGCUUGGAGAAAAAUGCGAAGGAUAGGCCCUCAAUGGCUGAAGUAGUAAACAGAUUGAAGCAGAUCAUUAAAGCUGAGGACGACGAUGAGCCUUACGAGAAAAGUCCUGAUAACAGCGACAACAAACCCGACAUGGAAAGAGAACCAGAGAAAACGAAGGUGAUGGACUCGUGGAGAAGGCGGAUGAGCCACCUGCAGAAACUGGGAGAGCAUGUGGAGGGUGCAAGUAGAAGAAGAUUUAUGAUAAUGCAAAGAGCAAAAGUACCUUAAAACUCUGGUUUCACACUUUCACAAUCAGGUUUUGGCAUAUAGACUAAGCUGUAAUUUUGAAAGCAAAGAAAAUGAGCAGAACAGAAUAUCAAUCAAGAAAUGAAAGGCAAACAUAGGACACCAAAUAGAAAUUCUACUGCAGGAGAUGAACAGAAGCUAA